CACAUUUUGCAAUUCAAAGGAAAUCGAUGAUCUUUUCGAUAGAAUUCUGUCAAGCUGUCUAACAAUUAGUUCUAAGCGCUUCAAUACAAAUACCAUUAAAAACCAACAAAUAACAAACUCAAUUAAGUUAAUGAGAAAACACAAUUAUAUUUAACAAAAUGUAUAUGUUUUAUACAAAUUACAAUUAUUUUUAUCAAGUUUUUGCGGCUUUUAUUCAAUCCGAGUUUUGAGUUUUUAAAUAUUGGCAAAAAGCUGAACAAGAAAACCGAGCCCUUACAAAAUAUUAAAAAAAAAAAUCAACAAAAAAAUAAAUGAUUUCAGUUGGCGUUUAAAAAUAAGUGAACACCAUAUACAAUUCAUUUUUGUUCAAUAAAAUUAUAUAUUUAACUAAACACUGUGACAACUGCCUUUUGACUUGAAAUGCUGAGUGCUUUUCGGAGAUCCUGGCCACGCCUUGGUCCUGCCCUGCUGCAGGCACAUUCUCUGGUCAGGCGGGCCAAGAGCAGCCAGGAGGCAAAGAGUGCUCUUAUCAUACUGGCACCAGGAGCUGAGGAAAUUGAGUUCACCAUAUCAGCCGAUGUCCUGCGCCGAGCCAAAAUUAAUGUCACCGUGGCUGGCUUGUCUGACUCUGAGCCGGUCAAGUGCUCCCGGGGUGUGGUUUUAGUGCCAGACACUUCCCUGGAGCAGGCGGUGGCCCAGGGAAGCUACGAUGCGGUGGUCUUGCCUGGCGGUUUGGCCGGCAACAAGGCGUUGAUGAACUCCAAGGCCGUUGGUGACUUGUUACACUGUCAGGAAUCGAAGGGGGGUUUGAUUGCAGCCAUCUGCGCUGCGCCCACGACUCUGGGCAAGCAUGGCAUAGCACUGGGCAAAUCCCUCACAUCGCACCCGGACAUGAAGCCCCAAUUGGAGGACAAGUACUGCUAUGUUGAUGAUAAGAUUGUGGUUCAGGAUGGUAAUAUAAUCACGAGUCGUGGUCCUGGCACUACCUUUGAUUUUGUUGGAAUUGAAGUGGCUCAGAAGGUGGCCAAAGAAAUGCUUUUUACGUUUAAAUCUUAACUGAAAUGCAAUUUUAUUUAUUUCAAAAUUUA